AUGGCGUACCAGACGAUCACCAUGCCGGCCUCCAACCCUAAGCUCGGAUUCAUUGGCGCCGGAAUGAUGUCAAGCGCCAUGAUCAACGGCAUCAUCGCUGCAAAGGUCACGGAACCGGGUAACAUCAUCGCUAGCGACGUGUACCAGCCGAGCCUGGACAGGCUCUCUGCCUCUGGGGUCCGCACAUCCACCACCAACAAGGAGGUGGUGACUGGGGCGGACGUCAUCGUCCUUGCCGUCAAGCCGGACGUGAUCCCGGCAGUCCUGACGGAGAUCGAGCAGUUUCUCACGGAUGACUCUCUCGUCGUGUCCAUCGCCGCCGGGGUGCCGCUCUCCGCCCUCGAGAACCUCGUGCCCGGCAAGCGCGUGAUCAGGGUGAUGCCCAACACGCCGUGCCUUGUGUCCGAGAGCGCAGCGGCGUUUUCGCUGGGGUCUCACGCCAAGGACGAAGAUCGGGAGCUUGUGCAGAGCCUGCUGAGUUCGGUCGGCUUCGCCUGCGAGGUCAAGGAGUCUCAGCUUGACGCUGUGACCGGAGUUAGCGGCAGCGGGCCGGCGUACAUCUUCGUCCUGAUCGAGGCCCUCGCGGAUGGCGGCGUCAGGAUGGGCCUGCCUCGCGCGACGGCUCUCAAGCUGGCCGCGCAGACGGUCAAGGGGGCGGCGACCAUGGUGCUGGAGACCGGCACACACCCAGGUGUCUUGAAGGACAACGUCUGUAGCCCAGGAGGGACCACGAUCUGUGCGGUAGAAGCCCUGGAGAAGAACGGCUUCAGGGCCGCGGCAAUAUCUGCCGUAGUUGCCGCGACCAACAAGUCUCUCGAGAUGCGCAAUACCAAGAAGUAGAAGCCGUUGCACGCUUAUUAAUAGCUGAUAAUACACCUAUAGAGAGAGCAGGGUUCGAGGAGAUGUGGCGAAGGCGUGUGAGGUGUAUCUGGUCAUUGGGGGGAGGGGGGCGAUGCGCCAUCGAUAUCGUGUGACCGUUGUCAUGAUCCUAGGGCGGAAAGCGCGGCCUUGUACGGGACAGACGCUGUAGUUUGAGAGGUUACGGUGGCCGGUGUACUGUAGUCUAGUGAGGAAUCGUUGCUGUCGUUGGGGAUGGAUGUACAGCAGUUAGUUGUAGAGGGAGAAACACGAGUACUGCUGUACAGAGCUUGUGUCUUUGACGUCGAUAUGGCUAUAUCGUUGACUGGUCUGUUGGUUUGGGACUGCGCUGCGGCGGUGGUG